AUGCCGGGGAUGCCUGUGCAGCUGCACCCAGUCUGUGUCCUAGCCCCCAGCCCCAACCCCAGCCUGGGCCCCAACCCCAACCCCAGCCCCCAACCCCCAGCCCCAGCCAAGCUGCCUGUCCACGCACCUGAGCUGCGAUCUACUGGCACUGCCCACCACUUCUCCUUCCUGCUCAACUCAACAGACUACCGUAUCCUGCGUAUGGACGAGGACCACGACCGCAUGUACGUGGGCAGCAAGGACUACAUCCUGUCCCUGGACCUGCAUGACAUCAACAAGGAGCCGCUCAUAAUUCACUGGCCUGUGCCUCCUCAGAGGAAGACAGAGUGUGUUUUGUCGGGGAAGGAUACCAACGGGGAAUGUGGGAACUUCAUCCGUCUGAUCGAGCCGUGGAACCGGACCCACCUAUACGUGUGUGGAACAGGGGCCUACAACCCCGUCUGCACCUAUGUGGACCGCGGACGCAGGUCCCAGGCCCACUACCUGCAGGCGGCCCAGUCCGGAGGGAGGACCAACCGGGCGGCAGAUUUCACCACCACUGCAGGGCCUGUGGAGCCAAAGGAAUAUAUCUUCCGUUUGGAGCCGGGCAAAGUGGAUUCGGGGAAAGGCAAAUGUCCUUAUGACCCUAAACUCAACAGCGUCUCAGCUUUGAUCAAUGGGGAGCUCUACGCGGGGGUCUACAUUGACUUCAUGGGGACAGACGCGUCCAUCUUCCGUACUCUGGGGAAACAGACAGCCAUGAGGACGGACCAAUACAACUCCAAAUGGUUAAAUGAUCCCACAUUCAUCAAGGCACACCUCAUUCCAGACAGUGCUGAGAAGAACGAUGACAAGCUCUACUUCUUCUUCCGGGAGAAGUCUUCAGAGAUGGGCCAGAGUCCCAUGGCCCAGUCCAGGAUAGGCAGGAUCUGUCUGAAUGAUGAUGGUGGACACUGCUGUCUGGUCAACAAGUGGAGCACUUUCCUGAAGGCCAGACUCAUUUGCUCGGUACCUGGAGUGGACGGCAUAGAGACCCACUUUGAUGAGCUCCGGGACGUGUUCAUCCAGCCAACUCAGGACACCAAGAAUCCUGUCAUCUAUGGCGUGUUCUCAGUUUCAGGAUCCGUGUUUAAGGGCUCAGCAGUGUGUGUCUACUCCAUGGCUGACAUCCGUCAGGUCUUCAAUGGACCCUAUGCUCACAAGGAGGGGCCCAACUACCAGUGGGUGGCCUACACUGGGAAGAUCCCCUACCCUCGGCCUGGGACGUGUCCCGGAGGUACGUUCACCCCCAACAUGAAGUCCACUAAGGAUUACCCAGACGAGGUGAUUAACUUCAUGCGGAACCACCCCACCAUGUACCACGCUGUAUACCCAAUACACAAGCGCCCCCUGGUGGUCCGGAACAACGUGGACUAUGAGUUCACCACCAUCACCGUGGACCAGGUGGCCGCUGCCGAUGGGAGCUACGAGGUCCUAUUCCUGGGGACAGACAGGGGGACGGUUCAGAAGGUGAUUGUCCUGCCCAGAGAUGACCUGCAGACUGAAGAGCUGGUUCUGGAGGAGGUGGAAGUGUUCAGGGUGCCAACUCCCAUAACCACCAUGAAGAUUUCAUCCAAAAGGCAACAGCUGUACGUGGGUUCAGUGUUGGGUGUGACCCACCUUGCCCUCCAUCGCUGUGACGUGUACGGGGAGGCGUGUGCUGACUGCUGCCUGGCCCGGGACCCUUACUGCGCCUGGGAUGGCAAAUCCUGUACCCGCUACUCCGCCUCGCAGAAGAGGCGCAGCCGUCGACAGGAUGUAAAGUAUGGCAACCCAAUCCGCCAGUGCAGAGGCUAUAACUCUAACGCCAAUAAGAACACGCUGGAGAUGGUGCAGUAUGGGGUGGAGGGCAGCACUACGUUCCUGGAGUGUCAGGCCAGGUCCCCUCAUGUGUCCCUCAAAUGGCACCUGCAGAGGGAGAACAGCGACAGGAGGAAAGAGAUCCGCUCUGAGGGCCGGACUGUGAAAACAGAGCAAGGUCUGCUGCUGCGUUCCCUCCAGUCGUCCGACAGCGGCGUCUACCAGUGCACGUCCACAGAGAAGAACUUCAAACACAUGCUGGUCAAGCUGCAGCUGGUGGUCCUGUCCAGCCGCACGGUCAACAGUGUCCUGGUGGAGACGGGCAACCCGGCCCUGCCACCCCUCCAGUCCAGCGCCUGGACCCCCAGCGCGGGUCAGUACAAGGACCUGCUGACCAUACUGAGCCAGCCGGAGAUGGGUCUGAUCAACCAGUACUGUCAGGACUACUGGCAGCUGGGAGAGGGCAGUCCGGGGGACCCCAUACUGGCCAUCAGCAAGGCCCGGGGACUCAAGGAGCUGAAAGAGCAGAAGAAGCCCCGCAACCGCCGGCAUCACAACGAUGAGGAUAAGCACGAGGACGACAAAGAUGAGCACACCAACCUAGCCGAGACAUGA